CUGCGGCGCCCGGACCGGAAGCCAAUGCGGUGGCCGCGCGGCCCGGGGCUCGCCGGUGGCCCCGGGAGCUCUGUGCGAACCGAGCCCUUGGGCCGGCAGGGCUCUCCUUCCUCGGUCCCCACCGGCCCAUGGGUCACCAUGGCGACGGCAGGGACGCGGCCCGGGGGGCGGGCAUCCCCGAAGGAGUGGCGGCCCGCUCGGGGGCCCUGCGGGGCGGCGUCGCCGUGUUCGCCGCGGUGGCCGCGGUGUUCACCCUCACGCUGCCCCCCUCGGUGCCGGGGGGAGACUCGGGGGAACUGAUCACAGCCGCACAUGAGCUUGGAGUUGCCCAUCCUCCUGGUUACCCCUUGUUCACUCUGGUGGCUAAACUGGCGACUCUACUCUUUCCUUUUGGCUCAAUUGCCUAUCGAGUUAAUCUUCUCUGUGGCUUGUUUGGAGCAGUAGCUGCAUCAUUACUUUUUUCCACUGUUGUCAGGCUUUCUGGCUCCUAUGCUGGAGGAAUCCUUGCUGCGGGGGUGUUUUCAUUUUCUCGUCUAACAUGGCAGUGGUCCAUUACGGCAGAGGUUUUUAGCUUGAACAAUCUGUUUGUGGGGCUGCUUAUGGCUCUCACUGUACAUUUUGAGGAGGCAGCUACUGCAGAAGAAAGAUCAAAGAUAGCUAAAAUUGGUGCUUUCUGUUGUGGCCUUAGCUUAUGCAAUCAGCAUACAAUAGUGCUCUAUAUUUUGUGCAUAAUACCAUGGAUUCUCUUACGACUUUUAAAAGAGAAGGAACUCUCCUUGGGCUCCCUGCUGAAGCUGAGCCUGUGCUUCACUGCUGGUUUGCUGCCCUAUGUCUACCUGCCCAUCUCAUCCUACCUUAGUCGAGCCCGCUGGACCUGGGGAGACCAGACAACAUUGCUUGGAUUUUUGACACAUUUUCUCAGGGAAGAAUAUGGAACAUUCAGUCUGGCCAAAUCUGAAGUAGGAUCCAGUAUGUCUGAAAUAUUGCUUUCUCAAGUAACAAAUAUGAGGGAAGAACUCUCAUUCAACAUUCAAGCCCUGGCAAUUUGGGCAAACAUAUGUCUCCCUAGAAAGGACAAACAGACUCCAUUAUUAGUAUGGCUUUUUACUGGAAUGCUUUGCAUUUAUUCAUUAUUCUUUGCUUGGAGAGCAAAUUUAGAUAUUUCAAAACCACUUUUCAUGGGUGUGGUGGAGCGAUUCUGGAUGCAGAGCAAUGCUGUGGUGGCUGUCCUUGCUGGCAUUGGUUUGGCUGCUGUCAUUUCAGAGUGUCACCGAGUGCUGAACAUCAGCGGGCUCCGGUGUCUGGAGUGGCUUUCAGCAAUUCUUUUUGUAACUUACCAGUUAUAUUCUAAUUACAGCAUUUGUGACCAAAGAACCAACUAUGUGAUCGAUAAAUUUGCAAAGAAUCUUCUUGCUUCUAUGCCUCGUGAUGCAAUUAUCUUACUCAGAGGAGAUCUUCCAGGAAAUUCUCUCCGUUACCUGCAUUAUUGUGAGGGGCUGAGGCCAGAUGUUUCUUUAGUGGAUCAGGAAAUGAUGACUUAUGAGUGGUAUUUACCUAAGAUGGCAAAGCAUUUACCAGGUGUCAACUUUCCUGGGAACCGGUGGAAUCCUGUCGAAGGAAUAUUACCUGGUGGGAUGGUCACAUUUAAUCUUGAUCAUUUUCUUGAAAUAAAUAAACAAAAAGAAACCUUUGUUUGUAUAGGAAUUCAUGAAGGUGACCCAACUUGGAAGAAGAAAUAUUCACUCUGGCCAUGGGGUUCUUGUGACAAAUUUGUUCCUUUGGAGAAUGUGUUCCAUCCUGAGAAAUGGAUAAAACUUACAAGAAAUAUCUAUAACUGGACUGAAGAGUAUGGAAGGUUUGCUUCGUCUUCUUGGGAAUCUGUGGCCAAUGAAGAGAUGUGGCAAGCAAGGAUGAAAACCCCCUUCUUCAUCUUUAGCUUGGCAGAAUCUGCUAACAUGCCUGUGACUGUAAAAGCUGAAUUCUACACUCAUGCAUAUAACCUUUAUAAGGAACUUGUCUCUUCACAAAGGCAGCACCCUGUGAAUUGGCACAAGAACUAUGCCAUCGCCUGCGAGCGGAUGCUGCACCUUGGGGAAAGCCGUGCCACACCAGAAGUUUUGUUAUCGGAAACCAUCAGACAUUUUCGUCUCUACACCCAGAGAGCUCAGAAUGAUCCACAGCUGGCUGACAUUUUGGUGGCUCUAAAGCACCUAAGAAAAGAACUGCAGAGUCUGAGAAAUAUGAAAAAUGCCUGAGACAGCAAAAUGUGAAAAACCUGCUCAGUGUUCAGCUUCCAAAAUGCCCAAGUCCCAAAGUUCUUCCUCCAAGAAAAGAUAAUGUGUGUAAAACAAAGACAUGAGUAUCUUACCUGGCACAGCAGGGGGAGGGGGGUGGAACACUGGUGACUGAGAUGUGUUCUUUAUGCAAAUUCUGUUUUUUCCAUGUGACCAAAUUUGUAUUACAGUGAGACUGACUAAGAAAAUAUUCCUACGUCCACAUGCUUCAUCAAGCGAAUGUGCUUGGCCAGAUUCUAAGAAGAAUGAAUUGUUUUUCAGGGACUGACACAAUCCACCAUCAGUCUGGCCCUGCGUGUUGGGGUGGGUUUUAAAGGUUAAAGCCUUA